CAUCCUGAUGGUUUUCACAAUGGGCAUAGGAGUAGCGAUAUACGCAAUCGAUAUUUCCAACAUUUUGUCAUAUGACAGCGUCCCAGGGAUGCUGCAGGCGAACUGCUACUUGAUCUUCGGCUUCCUCAUCUCCGUGGUCACGUUCGUCUGUCAAAAUUGUCGUCUGAGGGUGCUUCGGGAAAUUUCCAGGAUUUCAUCUCAGCUGACUGACGAGGAUUUCGGCAGAUGGACUCUGACGAUCCAAGCGAAGGACAUCCUGGGAUUUAUUUUCCUCGCUGGGCAGAUGACGAGAGCGAUCAUGAAGUCUGGGAGUUACAUUCUCGCUGCUUUCAAAUUUCUCGGCAUGUACACUACCUUGGUCGUCUUCCUGAUGGACUGUCAGUACAUGAACCUCGUGUGCGUCCUGGAACUCUGUUUCCGGAAGAUAAAUCAACACCUUAUAGCUUUGAGAAGAAAAGUCGAAAUCGACGAGCCCCACUUACUCAGGAGAGUUUAUCACGAGAACAAGAACCCUUUGAUCCUACACGAGCUCCAGGUGCUCAAGAAAUCCUAUCAAGACGUCAGCGAUGCAGUUCGGGACCUGAACGACGCCUUCUGUCUGCAAAACGUCGCCUCGAUCGUCCUUACCUUUGCUGAAAUAACGUUUAGUCUGUACUUUUACAUACUAAAGGUGCUGGGGGUGAAGGAGAUUAACCUGGAAAAGCAGAUUUGGUACUCUUACUUCAUAAUGUCGGUGGGGUACUACGCUGCAAAAAUUGCAUUCACGGUCUGGACGUGUGAGAUCACGAAAGACCAGGCCCUGAAGACCGGCAUCCUGGUGCACGACGUCAUCCUGUGCACCAGCGACGACCGCACCAAGGAAGAGAUGCAGCUCUUCUCGCUGCAGCUGUUGCAUCGCGACAACUCCUUCACGGCGAAAGGGUUAUCCCUGGACGCGACUCUUCUGAGCGCGAUCGUCGGAGGGAUCACCACGUAUUUAUUGAUCCUGAUCCAGUUCCUCCUGUCCUCGAAAUCCUGCAGGGGAGGAGCCGACGCAGGGCAGUGACCACGGAAAGGCAAAUCCGAAUUUCAAAAGACUUCCCAACCAUGACACGCUCCCCAACGGGUAUUGAAAAACCUUAUACAACGAGGGUCGCACUUUUUGGUCCGUUUUCCAGAUUUCCAUCAAGAUGCAUCGAUCUUCCCGGGGACAAUGCACUUCCUUCGGUGCAGACACGAGAUCAUCGGCCUGGCGCCUUUCCGUCAGACUGCA